AUGUAUACAUUCAUGGCAGCUUCAACUUUACUCUUAUUUGUGAUUUGUUGCACUCUCUCACUCUAUCCCUCACCUACAAGACAACACUCUGAGUCUAUGCCUCAGCAGAUAUUCAGUUAAUGAACCCGGUGGGGAAUGAAUGAAUGAAUUGCCUGAUUGAUAAGUGCUGGGGGUUUGACCAGGUUAUAUAUUAAUCCGACGAAAUGUUAGAAGCCAGGUGGAGAUGGAGGUGGGCAUUUGCAGCAGCUCUGCUUUCUCUAGUGGUGGUUUGGAGGGCGGAGUCAGCCAUAGGAGUGAACUGGGGGAGCGUGUCCUUCCACAAACUCAAGCCUUCCGCGGUGGUGGAUCUCUUGAAAGACAACAAGAUAUCAAAGGUGAAGCUUUUCGAUGCCGACCCAGAUUCACUUCGGGCUCUCAUGGGCAGCGGCAUCCAGGUCAUGGUUGGCAUCCCCAAUGAGAUGUUGGCCGCCUUGAGCUCUUCCACCGAUGCCUCUGAUUUGUGGGUUCGCCAGAAUGUGUCCAGAUAUAUGGUUAAAAAUGGUGCCGAUAUCAGGUAUAUUGCAGUAGGAAAUGAGCCCUUCCUUACAAGUUACUCGGGCCAGUUUCAGUCCUAUGUCAUGCCUGCACUGCUUAAUCUACAACAGUCCUUGGCUAAAGUGAAUCUUGCAAGCUACGUCAAGUUAGUCGUCCCUUGCAAUGCCGAUGCUUAUGAGUCCUCCCUUCCUUCUCAAGGGGCAUUUCGACCUGAACUCACUCAAAUAAUGACUCAACUUGUUUCGUUUCUCAACUCAAAUGGUUCUCCUUUUGUAGUCAAUAUCUACCCAUUUCUAAGUCUCUAUGGAAGCUCAGAUUUUCCUCAAGACUAUGCAUUCUUCGAGGGGACUAGUCAUCCUGUUACAGAUGGGUCGAAUGUUUACUCCAAUGCAUUUGACGGAAACUUUGACACACUAGUCGCUGCCCUCAGCAAGCUUGGAUAUGGUGAGAUGCCCAUAAUUAUUGGGGAGGUGGGUUGGCCCACAGACGGAGCCAUCAAUGCAAAUCUCACUGCUGCGAGGGCAUUCAACCAAGGUCUCAUAAAUCAUGUCCUAAGUAACAGAGGAACCCCUUUAAGACCUGGUGCCCCUCCCGUGGAUGUAUAUAUUUUCAGUCUGCAUGAUGAAGGGGCAAAGAGCACACUUCCAGGAAACUUUGAAAGGCACUGGGGGAUCUUUUCCUUUGAUGGCCAGGCUAAAUAUCCGUUGAACCUCGGUUUGGGCGGCAGAGGAUUAAAAAAUGCAAGGAAUGUUGAGUAUCUCCCGUCUAGGUGGUGUGUGGCAAAGCCAUCAGGAGAUUUGUCUGAUGUGGUGAACCACAUGAAACUCGCCUGUAGUGUUGCAGAUUGCACCACACUCACCUAUGGGGGGUCGUGCAACGGAAUUGGAGCAAAGGGAAACAUCUCGUAUGCGUUCAACAGUUACUAUCAGCUGCAAAUGCAGAAUGAACGGAGCUGUGAUUUUGACGGGCUUGGUAUGGUCACUUUCCUAGACCCUUCGGUUGGUGAGUGCAGGUUUCUUGUUGGCGUUACUGAUACUUCGUCCAGGUCUAGAUCUAGAUCUAGAUCUAGAUCUAGUACUAGUUCUAGUUCUUGUCAUCAACUGUACCGGAGGUGGAUCAUAGUGGGGAUGUUGAUUUCAUGGGGGGUUUGGGUUUUUGUAAUGUGAAAAGAGGUUUCACAAGUCGGUUUUUCAGGUCCCCUCUUCCGAAGCAGUGUAGGUGAUUAAAUACUAGUGUAGAGUAUUCCCACAUUUAGCAAUAGAGUGGGGUGGGUCAUCACUCUGAGUCUGUGACCCAUGGGUGUCUAAUUCAGGUAUUAUUAUCGUGUAGGACAUUUGUAUUGAAUUAUCGUUGCUUAAUUUUUAGUAAAGAAAAUGAAGUUGAACAUAAUAAUCACGUUAUUGUAAUCUUA